UCCACGGGGCUGUGGAGUAAACAGACCCGGUGUCAUGAAGACAGAGAAGUGAGCAGUAACAGUAAGUUGUGGGUCGUCAGAUCGUCGGUGUGCCGGUUCAGUCUGUUUCUGGUGUUUGUAAUGAAACUAUGAUGAGGUAAUCUCCUGAAUCAGCAGGAGCAGUGUUCGUAAAAAAAAGUUUACAGGGGUUUAAAAUCAGAAGUUUUUGCUUUGCAGUGGCUGCACAUCAUACCUGCACAUCUUUUAUUCCAUUUUGCGGGUCAGUAAUGCUAAUCUGCACAUGUUUUGUGUCUAUGACUGACCUCAAAGCGCUACUUUCACUUUCGAUUAAACUAACUAAACGCCACAGAUCCCGUGCUUUGUCUCUCUGGCACCAGAAAGUAGAAAACAAGUGAGUCUCAAGGUGUUUCCAGCUCCUUCCUGAAGAUGCAUAAGCAGGGAAGCCUGGUUAGGCUGUUGGGGGGUCCAGGUGUUUCACCAGGUGACAAGACAGCUAAAAAACACCAGUUUAUUUCCUCAGAGCUAAGCACGGAGGAGGGGAGGUGCUGUGGGUGUGCCCCUCUCACCUGCCCGGACAGGCCGUCAUCAUAGCCCAGGACCAGAGGGUGAGUCCACCUCAGCUGACCUUAAACAGGGGGUCAGUUGGAGGUGAAGGUGUUUGACAUGGGUUGAAAGUUUCUGUGUGGAUAAUAAUAAUUUCAGCCAUUCAGGGUGCAUUAAUCUGUGAUACUUUAGCGCCCUCUGUAGGCGGUAUAAUGAAAUGCAACAACGUUAAAAAUGCCUCAGCGCUCCCGUUUCUGUCUUGGACUCUGAUGGAGUAGCUUUGCAUGAUUCACAGGUCAAAAUAGUCUUUCUUUAUCUGAUCCCGGGCCCUAUCGGAGACCUCAGUUCAUCCUCUGAAACAAGCUGUGCAGUGAAUAUUAGUUUGCAGAAAUUUAGUUUGCAGAGUGGGUUUGCUUGUUUUAGGUUGGUGUUUAUGGUUUUUAUUUUUUUAUUCUUUAGUUUUUGUUAGGUUCAGUGUAAGCUUUAGUUUUCUUAAUUAUUAUAUGAUGGAGGAUGUUUGUCAGGAGUACAUUUUUUAAAAGUUCAGAACAGAUAUCACAAUAACAACCCAUUUUAACAGCAAGUUGGUUCACAGUCACGUAGAUGCCCAGAGCCUCUGUAAAUACAAAAACAAAUUCAACCAAACUGACAAAAAUAAAGACAUUUCCUGCAUGUUUUUAGUUAAUUUGUGAGUGCACAGUAUCAUUCCAGUUACUUCUUGCUUUAUAUUAAAAAUUCUUUUUUAAAAAUGUGUUUAUUUCUGAAGGAAAAUCAGAGAUCAUCAGAGAAAAUAAACUUAAAACAUAUAAACGAUUAAAUAUUUACUCAUGCCACCUUUACGCUUACUGCCUGUCAGAGGUCACAUGAACCAAAACAUUAUAAUAAAUUUACCAGCACUAGGUGAGAGGUAUAAGGGAUUUGAUUAUAUUUUAUUUCAGUGAAUCAGGACACUUUAAUGCCCAAGUUGAGGCUAUAAAAGAAUUUUAACCUCUUUUUUUAACAGUUCCUGCUGAAUUUAGCAGACUGAUGUGCUGCAGAUCGAUGAUCAACAGUAUCGUUUAACCGUGAAAAUGUCUGAGAUGGAUUUCCCAGUGGAGGCAACACUACAUUUGAAAGAGUUUCAAGAUGAGAGAGAAGUGAAGAAUAUCCUCAGGUCGCAUGGCUUUGAGAUGCAUGAUGUAGGAGAAGGUCAGGUGCGUGUAAAGGGUCGUUUUUCUAAGCUCAAAGAGGUAAAGGCUGAAUUAGAACAGCUUCCCUUAUCACAAACCAAAAUGUCGCCAUCCUCAUCAUCCUCACCAACCCCAGCUGCAUCCUCUGGAGCCAUUCCCAAAAACUACAGUCGCAGAAAGAAGCCCCCACAUGCUGCUCUAUCUUCCCCCACCUCCUCCUCAUCAUCAGCGCCAGGCCCUUCUCGUAGCCGUCCAGCCUCUCAGGGGUACGCUGCAGCCUCGUCCCCAGACCAGCGUGGUUCCCUCAGGCACAGAGAGGAGACGUUUGUCAUUGAUGCAGAUGUGUUCAAGUAUGCUGACCGGUUCAGGGAAAAAGAAAUGGACAGCAUCCUGAUCAGCCAUGAUGUGAAAAUGAAAGCAAAGGAUUGUGGUGAUAUGGUCAAAAUCACUUUAACGGGGAGGAACUCAAAGACAGCACUGAGUAAAGUGCAGAGCCUUAUGGCUUCUCUCAGCAAUACACUACGCACACAGGAAGUUCCCCUGCAGGACAUGUCUGAUGAUGGCAAAACGCUUUUAACGAAAAUUAAGAAAAAAGGAAACAUCGACGGUUUGGUGCUGGUGUGCGAGAUGGGCGACAGGCUCCAUCUUAUUGGCUCAUCUCGCGAGAGCUUCGAGUUAAAGCAGAGGUUGCUGGAUGGGCGUGACCGGCACGGACGCACGGGGAGAGCCUCAGCUAAAGGCUCCAGGGGAAGGAGCAGCUCCGCUCCACCGACUAAUCGCAAAAGCACAGAAAUAGCUGCCAACCCUGAUACAUCACCCGGUGGAGCCGCAGGUUACUCGCCAUCGAAGCACCGGGAUGAUGAACAGAAAGAUGCCACGACUGGGCGGGAAGUUGAUGCUUACCAUAGCCAGCCAAGAGAAAGUAAACCUUCACCUCAGAAAUCAUCCAAGUUCAAAAACCUUUUCAGAAUUAACUCCAAUGAGAUAAAGAACACAUUUAAAAAGAUAAAUAGAAAUUUAAAAAAGAAAUGAUAGAGAAUCUCUGUUGACACAAAGCAGAGCACUGUUGUUCUUCUUGUGUGUGAGUAUUUAAAAGGGUCUAAAUGCAUGGUUUUUUUCUUACUGAGUACCUGUGUGGUGUUACACCACUAAUACUGAAACCAGGGCUCAAGCUUGAAAGGAAUAUGCGUUUGCCUUUAAAGGAAAUGCAGCCUAGAUCAGUGGUUAGCUUAGCUUAGCAUAACGACUGGAGAAUGACACUAAACCUCACCAUGAAACACUUUACAUCUUGUUUAUUUAAUCCAGACAAAAAACGUGUUUUGGGGGGAGAAUAUGUCCUAGCCUGGUGCUGUUUCUGCAAAGAAUAAUUUGACAUUUAAAAAAACAAAAGAUUUAUAAUUAAUCUGCAUAUUUUUCAAAAUGUCCGAUUAUUCUUCUGAAAAGAUACAAAAGUUUAUAUUUUAUUUUUGCAGAUACCACCGGUGUGUCUGACUUAGCUCUGUUCACCUGACAAUACUGAAACAGAGCUAGUCAUCUGAAACCAGAAGUAAUAAAAUGUCUGCAUAAAGCAUGAGACUGUGGACCUCCCCACCAGUAAAAAACCACCCAGGAAAUCAGUUUCCUGUUUAAUAAUUACAUACAACAACAGAGGAGGUAGAGGUGAGCCCUGCCUUCUUCCCCUUUUCUGAGUCUUCUGGUCAAUAUGUAGUCGAUGGAGCCACCCAGUGAUUAGUCAUUUUAAAGAAACAGCUCCAUCCUACCCUUUUUUUUUAAUCUGAAGAGUUUCAAAUCUGACUUUUACUUAGAAUCGACUAAAUUAAUAAAUAGUUUGUGUAGUGUUGUAAACAAGCUUUCAAAACCCAAAGAAAUGUGAAUCAAUGUUCUGUUUAAACAAGAAAAAAAGCAGAUUUCAUGUCUAAGGAGCUUAAACCAAAGGACGUUUUCUGUUCAUUUUCUGUUUAUGAUUGAACUGUUUUAUUGCUGCUUUUUUACACUCAGACUUGUUAGAUGAUGGUGUAAUCUGUCAGUCGGGUCAGAUCUAAUUAUCCUCUGGUGACCUUUGAAUGAAGUCGGUCAUUUAUGCUGUUCAGACUUUGGGAGAUUUUCCAGAGGUUCAUUUGGAUAAAGUCCAGACUGCUUGAAGAAUGAAGGUUCGUGCCUCAAACCUGUCAAUGCUGGCAGGUACACCAAGUACGCCUAUCUUUAUAAUAUCAGCUGUGUAGAUGUUUAGCUCCAUUGUUUACCUUUAACUUUUUUUAAUAGUUUAAGUGUAAACAUUGACUUAUUUCUGUUUUGUGGUGCAAUAUUCUGAUUUUGAUUCUGACACAACACUCUUUAAAAGUAGAUUUUUUUUAACAUUUUAAACACUAAAAAUAAGCUUUACAUAAAAAGGAUUAACGUUAAAGAGGCAGGACAUGGACAUAUGCAGAGGAGGGAUAAUGGAUAUAAUGGACAUGCUUAAUAUGAAGGGGUAAAAGAGGAAGACCAGGAUGUCAUGACGGAGGACAUGCAGAGGGUUGGUGUGACAGAGGGGGAUGCUAAGGGCAGGGUGAGAUGGAGGCAGAUGAUCCACUGUGACCCAUAAAUUGAGCAGCCCAAAGAUAAGACGACAGUGAGACUAACUGAAGAGACCAUGACUCUGUAUUUAAUAGUUAAUGAAUCGUUUUUAUUGUCAACUCAGUUGACUGACAUCUCUUAAUCGUUAUGUUUGAUGGUUGCACCACCAUUGUUUAAUAUUUCACACAUCGGUAUUUGCUCUGGAUCAUAAUGACUCACUGAAAUGCAAAGUAUGUGAAUGUAUAAACCAGUGAAUAAAAAGCAAGCACUGUGCACAUUUUAAGGGCAUGUGAUGUUUAUUAAAUGUGGUACACCUGU